UUGUUUUGAUUGUGUUCUUGGUUGAGGCAAAUUUCACAACAAAAUGGUAAAAAUGAUAUUUCGUUAUUUUAGAGAAGUAAACUAAACACACCAAACAACUCCUAUACAAACUGAAAGGGGUUUACUUUUGCCGCCAAACAUAAACCCACUUAUAUAUAAAUCUCUUUCUUUACAUUAUUAUUAUCAUUACACAAUACUCAAACAACUCCUCAUUCAAUCAUUCUCACUCUUUCGCUUCCAAUUCCAUUAUUGUUUCUAACAAUAGUUAUGGCUAAGAAAAGAGCUAAGACGACAUUGAUGUUUGGUGAAAAGAAAGACAGAAUUUCGAAACUACCCGAUACACUCAUCAUUCGUAUUCUGUCGUUUCUUUCAACUAAGGAUGCCAUUUCCACUUGCCUAGUUUCAAAACGUUGGAAGCUCAUGUGGUAUUGUGUCCCCAAACUCUCUUUUUCGGAUUCUAAUUUGAAAGUUCACCCAAAAAUGUUUUACAGUUAUGUUGAUAAUUAUUUGGAACACCGAAAGGAAGCCAUGUAUUUUAUCCCCCAUUCACCCAUAACUAGUUUUAAGCUUCAAAUGAAUUAUUCUUAUAAAUCAAUCUAUGCUGGCCAUCUAGAUAAAUGGUUAGCUUUCAUAGUUGAGAAGAAAGUCAAGGAAAUAGAUCUUUGCGUGAACAGCACAAUAACUAUAAAUGGUGAUAUUCACUACUACCCCUUGCCUAAAACACUAGCAGUCAACUCAAGAUAUUUGACUAUAUUGAACUUGGAUUCGGUUGAGUUGGAUUCUAGAUACUUGUUUAGUUUUCCAUCUUUGAAAACAUUGUCAUUAGCUUAUGUUAGGCUUGGAGAUAAUGGUGUAGUAGAUAAUCUAUUGAUGGGUUCCCCUUCCCUUGAGAGGUUGCAGUUGCAUUUUUUUUGUUUGUCUAGUGAUCCUCAGCUCAGCAUCAACAUACAACAUAGUUUAAGCCUCAAGUUUUUGGAAAUUAUACUCUCUAAGGAUUUGGUAGAACGAAUCGAACUCAUAAAUCUUGAGUCUUUGAUCCUAGUGGGUGUUUCCUUUCACAAGAUAAAACUCUAUGCAUGUAAGGCAAUUAGAUUUCUCUCCUUAACUUGUUGUUGGGGUAUGGAAGAGUCAUCAUCAUUCGAAUAUUUCAUUUCUAGCCUUCCUCUCCUUGAGAAUUUGGCUUUUUACAACGGGCCUAAGCCUAUGAAGUUAAAACAAGUUGAAAUCUCGAAUCAGCACCUGAAACAACUCUAUGUAGAUAACCCUUUUGAUGAUGAAAUGAGUGUUGUAAUUAAGUCAACUCCAAACUUAACCAAAUUUGCUUAUGUUGGUGGGAUCAAAUUUAGUGUGUCAAUAGAGUCUUCCAAUUUGUUGUCUGGAGUAUUUGUGAUUAAGAAACAACAUAACUAUGACACCAAUUGGUUUAUCAAUUUGAUGAAGUUUCUUAUGAGUCUCAAGUGUUCUUGGAAAUGCAUAGACAUUCAUGUUGAAUCAGAGGAGGAUCUUAUCUUUCCAGCGAUGUUCAAGAGGUUAUUUCGUUCUCCUUUGGUCAAUUCUAAACUUGUUCGAUUUUUUACUGAAUGUAAACCUGAGAGGGAAUCAGACUUGAAAGAUGCUCUACAAUGGAUUUCUCCUACAUUCUCUGUAAUGAAAAGCCAUGUUUCGAAAUCGGUUUUUAAAUUUUUCUAGACUGAAAUUUCAAUAUAGUCAGCAGCCUCAUUAGGAAAGGUGAUGAAAAAUCGGUUUGUCAAAUGAUGAAUAUUUCUUAACUGUAUGGUGGAUAAGAUUCUGAAGUGAUUUUCUGCUAUUUCUUUUUUUCAUUCU